GACAUUAUAGAAAACACGUUAAUCAGACUCGACUCUCAAUUCAGGAUGACGUGGUCAUAUUUCUUUAAAAGAAUCUAGUGGGAUUUUUAACACUCCCAUCUUGAUGAUAUGAUGCCAGAGCUGCCAAAGUUGGCUUAUAGUUCUGCAAAAAUUCAUGAUGGCAAAACCCUUUGUGCAGAUUGUGAUAGCUGGUGUGCAAGUCAUUGCACGUGCAUUUGGUCGAGCUUUGAGAGAGGAAUUUUCAAGAGGUCAGCAAGCAGCACGGAAUGCUGGAGGUGGUAGAGGAGGUCAAGCAAGAGCAGCAGCCAAUGCGAAGUUUGGCAUGACUCUUGAAGAAGCAAAGCAAAUCCUCAAUGUUGACAAACUUGAGAAGGAUGCCAUAAAAGCAAGUUAUGAACACCUAUUCAAAGCUAAUGACAAGUCCAAAGGUGGUUCAUUCUACAUUCAGUCGAAGCUUACGCCCUACUAUUCGGAAACACCGGGGACAGAGUUCGAUCUCGAACUGCCGAACACGCAUCAGGUGGAGGUGAGAGAGGACGAAGUGACGUCACGCGAAGGUUGCACGAGUGCGCGGCUCAAUCUCUUGCAGGGUGGGGGGAUAGUCGUUGCUUGCGUGAUCAAGCAACUGGUUCUGACAAAUGGCUCAACAAGCUUUGACAUGUGGUACAAUAUGCCAGUCCCUCUGCGCAUGAAGUUUUUCUUCUAUAAUGUGACAAAUCCUGAGGAGGUAUCUCUUGGAGGCAGACCAAGAGUGGAAGAGCUUGGCCCAUACACAUUU